AUGCUAGAACCAUCAGCAACGACAGAAGGUGGGAGAUGGGGACGCCUGAGAUUGCGGAGGUUGGGGAUGGGGACACCGGAGAUUGCGGAAGUUCCCGGCCCAACCAUCCGCGCCGAGGCCGGCGACACCCUCGACAUCGCUCUCACCAACAAGCUUUUCACUGAGGGAACCGUCAUUCAUUGGCAUGGAAUUAGACAGGUGGGGACACCAUGGGCUGAUGGAACAGCCUCCAUAUCCCAGUGUGCUAUCAACCCAGGAGAGACAUUUCAUUACAGAUUCAAAGUUGAUAGGGCUGGGACAUAUUUCUAUCAUGGACACUUAGGGAUGCAAAGAGCAGCAGGGCUGUAUGGAUCGCUUAUAGUGGAUUUGCCAAAGGGACAGAAAGAACCAUUUCACUAUGAUGGAGAUUUCAACUUGUUGCUCAGUGAUUGGUGGCAUAAAAGCGCUCAUGAACAAGAAGUUGGCCUCUCCUCUAAUCCUCUCAAGUGGAUUGGUGAACCCCAGACAUUGCUGAUCAAUGGAAGAGGACAAUUCAAUUGUUCAUUGGGGCCAGGCCAAAUUUAUGAACACAAGCCUUCCUCAAUGUAACGUCAAAGGAGGGGAAGAAUGUGCUCCUCA